AAACCCCAAACUAAUCAUCUAAUAACCCCCCUUUUCUACUCGCUCUCUCUCAAAAACCUCACCUCACCUCGUCGCCCUUUCAUUCAUCAAAACUGCCGCCGCCGCCUAACCUGGCGGUGCUGUUCUGAUAAUUAAAAGUCACCUUUUCAAAUCCGAACGGAAAAGAAAUGGCAGCCACUUCAUCCUCAGAAGCAACAGAAGGACCAGUCCUCAACUUGAUCAACAAACGGCUAAGAGCACUCCGUAAAAAAUACAAUCGUAUUAUUCAAAUGGAAGAAUCAAUUUCACAAGGCAAGCCUAUCAACAAAGAACAAGAAGACGUUUUGCGUUCUAAACCCUACGUCACCGCUUCUAUCGAAGAGCUAGAGAAACUCAAACAACCUCUCUCCGUCGCCGUUUCUGAAGAAAUUGACCUAGCCAUCCAACGCCAGCAGCAGCAGCAGCAGCAAUCUUCCAGUAGCGACAGAACUACUAAUGAAGCAAACGGUGACAGUAACGGCGGUGGCCUGGCGAUUGAGGAUCUGUUGAAUUUGUUGUACUUUGGUUCGUUAUUUGAUGUGAAGUCGCAGAAUGAGUUUACGGCUACGAUGUUGACUAGGACUCAUGAAAGAGGGUGUUGUUUGACUUAUGAUUAUGUCACUGACGAUGCUACGGAUCUGCUUGGAGAGAGAGACUUGGAUAUGAUUUCAAAGCUCGGCGCUUUGUUGAUUUCUCGGCCUGUUGAUUCUAGCUUAUCUCAUAAGAAUGCUUUGGUUAAGUGUAUUGAGCAUGCUAAGUUGUGGCUUUCUAACUCUGACCAGUUCAUUGACCCCAUUGCUAAUGUUUCAUACUCUGGGCUGAGGGAGAGGCUGAACAAGAUUAUGGCUUCUGAUUAUUUUAUAACUACACCGGAGAUGAAAGCUCCAGUUGAAGUGGCUGCUGCCGCCGCUGCUGGAAAUUAUGCGUCUUUCCAGGUUCCUGUUCAUGGGGUUGGUCCUAUUUCCGUCCCAGUUCAGGUGGAAGGCUCUGAUGAGCACUACGAGGAGAAUGAAGAUACAGGAAAUUUCCAAGGACACGAAAGUGGUGAUGAUCAGUCCAAUCCUGCUGAGGAAUUUCAUAAGCAUGAUCCAGAGACUGUAGUUCCUGCAGAAGAAGUCUCAGGUGAGCAAGAGCAAGAGAAACCGUUAGAAGUGGACAAUAUUCAGAAAGAGGUGGACCCCAAGGAGCAGCAGUAUUUUGCUCGGAGGAACUACCAAAACCAAAGAGGCGGUCGGGGUGGCAAUGGUGGUGGCCGUAGAGGUUAUUCAAAUGGCCGUGGUGGCCGCAGUAGUGGCAGAGGAGGUGGUGGGUACCAAAAUGGUCGCAACCAAUUUUACGACCAGUCUGGAAAUUAUUAUCAGAGGAAUUAUUAUAACAAUCGGGGAAGGGGUGGUGGUAGAGGCGGAGGUCACCCUUAUAACAACCAUGGUUCAGCAGUUCACGGUGGUCAUGGACCGGCUGGUGUCGGGGUAGCCUCUUGAUAUCAUUAUUCAUGGGGUGUUUGUAGGGUGUCGUGUUUCUAGUUUUGUAGGUGGGUGGUGAAUGUGUUUUGCUUUUCUGCAUGAAACUUGUUAUGAAGCUAGGUUAUUUUUUAUGCAUGCGCCGCCCAAGACGCCCUUUUCUUAUUCUUCUUCUGUAGCUCAGUCAAUGAAGUACUUUUCUUUGGGACUUGAUGAAAAUAAAAUGAAAGAAAGAAGGAACGAACGAACAUGACUUCCCUGA